AUGUACAAGCUUCUCACUGUUUCCCUUCUGGCCACUGCCGCCCUUGCGGCAGGCCACAACAAUCUCAUUGCCCGCCAGGUUUCCAGCUGUGAAUCGCACACUGGCUACAAGACCUGCAAGUCCGCUUGCAUCCCCGAGAGCUACAGCUGCUGCGCCAUUGGCGAGGGCGGUUGUGAGCCAGGCACCUACUGCACCACCGAUGGCUGCUGCCCCAACGGUGAGAUCUGCUCUGGGGGUGGUGGUACCUCGACCGGAACCUUGACCGACACCAUCACCAACACCUUGACCAACACUAUUACCAACACUCUGACAAACACCCUCACCGAGACCGCGACCACGACGCCUACUACCACUGAGGAAACCACUUCCACGUCCACCUCUACCCCUACCUCUACCUCCACUACUACUUCUACUUCUACCUCUACCUCUACUACUACGUCAACCUCGACCACGACCUCUCAACCUGUCAUCCCCACCCAGCCCACCGUCACCUCUCCCAGCUCCACUCCAAGCGGGACACCGUCGCCCUCUGGCCCCGGAGGUCAGGGCUCCUCCACCACCAGCACUUCCUUCCCUCUGUUCACUGGUGGCGCGUCCAGUCUGAACGCCGGCCUGGGUGCCGUGGCCGGUCUGAUUGCGGGAGCUGCUCUCCUGUAA